AUGAUUACCGUCUACGAUGUUGGACCUUCUUAUUUUCCCGAGCACCUUGGUGGCUCCUACCAGACGCGAAAGGUCAUUUUUUCGCUCAAUUACAAAAAGCUCCCGUUCAAAGUCUCCAUUCUCGCUGUGAACGAGAUUGAACGGACCGCAAAAUCCAUCGGCGCACCUCCAACCACGACUAAUCCGGACGGUUCACCCAAAUACACCUCUCCAUUCAUUCAAGACUCUUCCACUGGGAUAUCUAUCUCUGAUUCGCUCUUGAUUGCGGAAUACCUGGACAAAGCGUACCCACUGACGCCGAAACUCGUCCCCGAAGGGACUCUGGUUCUACAAGCCGUCUUCGCCGACACCGUUACCGCAAAGGCCAACGCCCUAACAAGUGUUUUUGUCCCCAAGUUUCCGGAAUGGUUCGCCCCCGAGUUCUUGGCUGAGAUUGAGAAGGUAAUGGGGCCACCUAAGCUGCUCUCACAGGAGGAAACGAGGGAGGUAUGGGCCAAUGGGAAGAAGAGUUUUGAUGAGCUCUUGGGCGCUUAUGAAGGCGCUGGAGCGGGAACGUUCGUGAUGGGGGGUGAUAACCCUGUUUUUGCGGAUUUGGCAUUGGCGGCAAUGAUUUCGAACGUGAAGAUUAUGUUUGGGAAUGAGAGUGAGGAGUGGAAGAACGUGAGUGGCUGGGUUGGGGGUAGGUUGGGGAAGGUGGUAGAGGAGACCCUGAAGUACGAGAGAAUAAUCGGAUGA